AUGGCCGAGCCCUUGCCCUGGGACUUCCUAUUCCUGGAUAUCAAACCCUAUAUGGGGGCGACGGACCAGCGGGAUCACCUCAACAGAUACAAGGUAGUUAUGAGGAUGACGGGUGUUAAUGACGCCAUCAUGUGUCGCGGUUUUUGCACAACCUUGGACGAUCAGGCCCAAGAUUGGUUCGAGUCCUUGCCGGCGGAGUCAAUCCCCAAUUUUGCCGCCCUAACGAAGAAGCUCAUGUCACAUUUCGCGGGCAGCAUACAACGAAAGAAACAAUUCGCCGACCUAUGCUACUUGAAACAACUCAAGUCGGAGACCUUGACGGAGUACCUGAGCAAGUGGAAGAAGGAGGCCAUGGGGGUGACCAAUUUUGACGAGAGGUCCGCCAUCCCAUUUUUCAUCAACAACCUUCGCUACGGUCCUUUCCACAGCGACCUCGUUUGGAACGAGUCGAGGACGUACACGGAGUUGAUGGAUCGCGCCGCGCGGUAUGCCAAUACCGAGGCGGCAGAGAAGAGGAAAGAAGAGGAGGAGGGGCGCCGCAAUCCAUCAACUCCGUGUACGUCCUCGACUCGUUCCAAACGAGGUCGCUGUGGAAAGGACCGUAGCGGAGGUUGUUGA